AUGCUCUACACGCAUGCAACAAUCCUAACAAUCGACGGCACCCGCCGCAUAAUCUCCGACGGCGCAAUCUACGUAAAAAAUGAUACGAUCGCAGACCUCGGCAAGACAGACCUGUUGAAAGAGCGGUAUCUCGGUGAUCAGGAAUUCGAUCUAACCGGCCGCAUCAUCAUCCCCGGUCUGAUCUCGACGCAUAUGCACACUGCGCAGACGCUUCUGCGUGGUACGGCCGAUGACCUCGAGCUCGUGUCGUGGCUUUGUGAGCGGAUUUGGGUGCUCCAGGGGAACUUUACGGAGGCGGAUGGGUAUGCGGCAGCGCGUCUGAGUAUUGGGGAGAUGUUGAAGAGUGGGACGACCUGUUUCUUGGAGAGUAUGUUCGCUGAUCGGUAUGGUUUUGAUGGCCUUGCGCGUGCGGUCGAGGAGUCUGGUAUCCGUGGUUGUCUUGGUAAGAUCGUUAUGGAUAUUGCCAAGUACGCAAAGGACGACGCAUGGGCUAUGCACCCCGGUCUAGUCGAGAAUCGUGAGACUUCCCUGUUUGGUACGCUGAAGAUGUGGGAGAAGUGGAAUGGGGCUGCGAAUGAUCGGAUUCGUGUGUGGUUUGGAGCUAGGACGCCGGGAGGUGUUUCCGACGCACUGUACAAAGAAAUGACAGCCCUCUCCCGCGAAAAGGGUAUUCCAGUCACCAUGCAUUGCGCCGAAGUCAAAGCAGACCGCGACUUCUUCUCUUCCGUCUCGCACACACCAAUGUCCUACUGCGACUCUGUGGGUCUGCUGAGUCCCAGCACCGUUCUCGUGCACAUGGUUCACCUCGACGACUCAGACAUCAAGCUCCUCUCGAGCUCAGGCACGCACGUCGCGCACUGCCCAACCUCCAACGCCAAACUCGCCUCUGGAAUCUGCCGUGUACCUGAUCUCCAGCAAGCAGGCGUGAACAUCGGUCUCGGAACGGACGGGGCGCCGUGCAAUAACACCUGUGAUCUCCUGCAGGAGAUGAAGCUCGCCGCCAUUAUCCACAAGAGUAUCUCAUACGAUCCGACCGCCGUCCCGGCGGAGUCUGUUCUAGAGAUGGCAACGAUUAACGGGGCCAAGGCACUGGGUUUGCAGGAUUCUAUCGGGAGUCUGGAGGUGGGGAAGAAGGCGGAUUUUGUUGCCAUUGAUAUGCGAGGCAUUCAUGCACAGCCGUGGUUUAAUCCGGCUAGUGCGGUUGUUUAUACUGCGACUGGACGUGAUGUGGAUGUUGUGGUUGUUGAUGGGAAGGUGCUUGUUCAGAAUGGGGAGUUGUUGACGAUGGAUGAGAAGGAGAUUGUUGAGGAAGCGAAAGUGAGGAGUCGGGAGGUUGUUGAGCGGGCGGGUUUGUCGGGGGAGAUGAAGGGCCGGUGGCCUGUUGAGUAG